UAUCACUGUCUAUCUUUUGCUUUCGUUUUUAGCACUUAUACAACUGUUACUUGUGGCUCUUAAAUCAAUUUUUAAUUUUAGCUAUACAUAAAUAAGAAGCAAGUGAUCAAAUGUAGAAGACGGAAUUAGAAAAUUCAGAUAAAAGAGCAACUUUGAAGCGUGGUGUAUGGUGACGAUAAAAACAACUCCAAUCUUAAAUUGCUUAUUUUGUAUGAAGAACGCAAAAUCGGUUUUGCAAAUAAAGUUGAAUAUAUAACAAUUCAAAAAUGAUGACAAAAGUAAGAACACACACAGAUAAAACAUCAAAUAAAGCGUCUGUUAUAACUAAAGCUGCCUUUGUGUUAAUAAACCUAAACAAACAAAAAAAGAAGCGAGAUAUGAAUAAAGAUAUGAAAUUUAAUAAUGAAUCUCAAGCAUUUAUUUUGUAUCAAACAGCAGUUGGUUUUAAUGAUAUUACCUAUCAGUUAGAUGAGAGCUUUGAAGAUUAUUUAGUAGUUUCAGUAUUAAAAGCCCAACAUCACAUAGGCGAAGAUAUUGAAACAGAAGAUUCUAUAAUCGAAAUGUCUGACGAGGUUACAAUAGAUACAGAAGAUUCUGCUCCUUUUUUGAACAAAGGUAACAUUCAAGUUCCAGGUUGGCUGUUUUUAAAAAAUAAAUCUAUUGCUGAAUACUGCGUUGAGUUAUUAAAUAGCAGAAAAAUUAUUUCACAUAACUUAGAAAAAAACAAAACAGUUAUUGAUUCUUCAUCAGAAUGUAAAUAUAAAUCAUUAGGCGAAAUUUUAUCAAACUUUGACUCAUUUUUAAGAUUGAAUGUCAAUUGGAAUUGGAUAGCUGGAACCAGAAACUUAGACUCCUUAGGAUUAAAUGCAUUUUUGUUUUACGUGGAAAAACUAAUAGAGAUAGAAAAGGUUAAAGACAAAGUGCGUUUUAUAAAAGAUUCAAAAAUGUUUUUACAAAUUUACACAUCUCGCCCAGGUAAAACCGAUGUUUUAAAUCACAGUGAUUACUGGGGAAGUUCUCAACAGUUAUUGUCUGGAAAAGUAAUUGCAGAUUUUGUUGCUGGAGAAUAUGGUACUCUGCAUCCUGUGUUUGGCGUGCUUUUAAACCCUACUACAGGACGAGUAGGCCCUGGUGACACUGGUUUAAUGCACAACUUUUUAUUUGACUACAAUGGGCCCUGGGCAAAUCACGCUGCUGUUCACGAUGCAUUUGGAUAUUUAAAGACAUUUCACAAUAUUGGACCAGGCUACAAUUAUUUAGGAGGAAUUUCAGCAGUUAAAACUGGUAAAUGUAUGGCAGGACAAACCUCAGGGUUAUUGUUUUGGAAUCGCAUUAUUAAUCAGCAUAAAGUAAACCAAUAAACCAGUUGACUAAAAAUAUAUAUUUUUUAA